AUGAAUGUUGAUGUAGAGAUUUGUGUGCAUCCACGUCUAACCACUGCUACACAUCCUCAACAUAUAAAUAACAUCCAUGCAAAUCUACUCAAACAAAGAGGUGUUCUCAACUAUCAUCAUCAAUUUAGAGAAUUUAGUUAUUUUAGAAGAAAAUAUAUAUUAUUUACUGAAGGAUUAGUUGAACGAACAUGUCCUUACAAUGACAAAAUUAAUAUCGAUUGUGUUCGUUCUAUUGAAAUUCGACUUGAAAAAGUUAUUGAGAAUUGUGCAACAUAUUUUCCAAAUAUAACUGAACUUAAAAUUUCAUCUAUGAAUAUAAAUCAAAAUGAAAUUUUCAAUAGUUUACAAUAUAUUCUUCCUUUACAACAACUGACUACUUUAUUAAUUAAUGAUCCGAAAUGUAAUCUUGAAAAGAUGAUUGAAUUAUUACAUUAUCUACCUAAACUUUCAAGUUUAACAAUUCAACAUAUAUUAAUUCAUGAGAACGAUCUAGUAUGUAUUCAAUAA